AAAGGGAGCUCUGCUGGGGAAGAAACUUUGCUGAGGCUUUGUCAGCUGCUGCUUUUUCCCUGACAGCACUUGGAGGGCACCUCUACUGCGAUGGGGAGGCAAAAGGACAUUCUUGCUACUGUGGAGGAGCACCUGAGGAUCAGAAACAAAUUAGUCCAGCAAGCGCUGGCUGAGUGCCUGGGGACACUGAUCCUGGUGCUGUUCGGCUGUGGCUCCGUUGCACAGAUUGUGCUCAGCAGGGGGAGUCAUGGAAAUUUCCUGACUGUUAACCUGGCCUUCGGCUUCGCUGUGACACUCGGCAUUUUGAUCUCAGGACAGGUAUCAGGUGGACAUCUCAACCCAGCUGUCACUUUUGCCAUGUGCUUCUUGGCCCGGGAGCCCUGGAUCAAGCUACCCAUUUAUGCCUUGGCCCAAACCCUGGGGGCUUUCCUUGGAGCUGGCAUAGUCUUUGGGCUGUACUAUGAUGCCAUCUGGGAUUUUGGCAGCAACCAGCUGUAUGUAACAGGACAGAAUGCCACUGCUGGUAUCUUUGCCACCUACCCAUCUCAGCAUCUGAACCUUGUGAAUGGAUUCUUCGACCAGUUCAUUGGCACAGCCUCCCUGAUUGUUUGUGUCUUGGCUAUUGUCGAUCCCUACAACAACCCUGUGCCCACGGGGCUGGAGGCUUUCACAGUUGGCUUUGUUGUCCUUGUUAUUGGAACCUCCAUGGGCUUCAACUCUGGCUAUGCUGUCAACCCUGCCAGGGACUUUGGGCCUCGUCUCUUCACAGCCAUUGCUGGCUGGGGCACCGAGGUGUUCUGGACUGGUAAACAUUGGUGGUGGGUUCCAGUUGUUGCUCCUUUCCUUGGAGCCAUUGCAGGAGUGAUAGUCUAUCAGCUGAUGAUUGGAUGUCAUGAUGAGUCUCCUCCACCUGCCUCUGAGCAGGAAACAGUCAAGCUGGCUAAUGUGAAGCACAAGGAAAGGGUCUGAGGAAGCUGCCACACAGAUCUGGCAGACAUUCAUUACUCAGGACUGCAGCUGGCAAAGAUGAGGAAGGAGUUAAGUGCUUCAAAAGCAACAGGAAGAGGUUUUUUCCCUGUCUUGAGAUAAUCUAGCUUUUUGUUUUGUUGUUGGGGGCUUUUUUUUUGGUGUAUGUCCCUGAUGCAUUUGCUUUAGGCAUUUUCCUGUGAGCCUUUCCCCAAAUGCAGUAUCAUGUAGUUUCUUCCUACUAGAAGGGGGUUGACAACUGUGGGAGUAAGGAGAGAAGUGGGCAUUGCUGUCCAGCACCUCCAACAUGGGCCAGCUCUUCAGGAAUCUGGAGCUCUUUUGGGAUGUGUUGCUGGCCUUUCUUGUGAGCUUGGCAAACUGCUUCCCUCCUAACCUGUUCCAUAUCUAUAGAGUGGGGAUCAUGCAAAACGAAAAUGUUUUGCUAACCUGGAACGGAAACUCCUACAUCCUGGAAAAAAUUUGCCUGUGAUUCUACUAUAGAUCAAAUUCAUGCUUGAUGUUGCUCUAAAUUCAAUAACUUGGCACCAGGAAUGAACUUGUCUAAAGGAUUUUUAUUGGCCAAACUUUUUAUAUCUCCUAUGAAUUCCUAGGACAUUGUAUCAAUUAGCUGAUCCAUAACGUCAGAGCAGAAAGUGAGAAUGCACUGGAUUUUAAUUUAAUAUUAAAACAAAACGUUUGCAAACCACUGCACCCUGAUGUUCUAAUCACAAAUAUUAACAUUGCCAACUCCUAGAAGAUAACAUGUAGGAAAUCCUUGUUCUAGCCAGGGGCUAACCUGGAAAGAAAACUUGGCUCUCUGUAGCAGCUUUUCUCAUUAAUCAGCUUUGUAUAUAAACUGCAAGCAGCUAAUAGCCAAAUUCCACUGGAAACAUGGUGUUGCUAAAGUUGUGAGUGUUUGUGUAAAUUUCACAAGUGUUUUCUUAAAGAAUAGAUUUAUGUAUAAAGGUACUCCUUAAAGCUGUUACUAAAUACCAGAGUGGGGAUAAGUUAAUUUAAAGAUGUGUGGGAACUGCCUAUUCUCUGACAGCCUUGAGAUACUGUUGGAUUUUCCUAGAGUAGCCUUAGAUUAUGGCAUUGUGUUGUUGGAGCAUCUUCUUUUCUACCUUGCAGAAUUACUGGAGUAUCUCUGGUACUCACAGCUAAUGGACUGAGGUCAGGCACCUCCUGUACUAGCAGUGCUGGCAUCUCAGGGGAUCUCUGGCUCUCCCAAUGCCAUAUUAUUACAGAGUAUUUGAAACAAGCAGUAUCAGUUGUGAAAGAAUUUGUAGGUCCCAUGCCACUACGUUAGAAAAACUCUUUCAAAGCCUGUUUCUUUAAUGUGUGAAUUCUUUGAAAUAUGUAACUUUGUACACAUUUCCAGUCACUAAAAUGAUGUAUUCUUUUUUUUAUUAUUAUUAAAAAAUAAAAUGUCUAUAACCACACUGUAAAA